AGUUACAGUAUGAAUAUAUCAUCAGCAAUUUGUUGGUGCAACGUCUGGGACAAGAGCAGCAUUGCCAAUGUGGGCCCCGAUGUCCUCAGCCUGCGCAAUGGGAACGUGAUCAAGUUUGUGCACCUGCAGACCAAGGCCGUGAGCUACUUCAAGGCGGAGACGGUGGCCACGGGACUGUACAUCAGCGUUUAUGCCGGACACAAUCGCUUCCCCCUUUUCGCGUUUGCCGAGGUGCUGCUGCGGCCGCACAUCUACAUCUACAAGUAUCCGGAAAUGGUCAAGUUCAACACAAUCACCCCCCACAUGAUCAAGUACAAAGACAUCCGCUUCUCGGAGAACGAUCUGCUGGUGGGCGUGGGCGGGUAUCCGGACUUUCCGAUCUGCGUGUACAACUUCCGCACCGGCAGCCUGAUCGUGGAGCAAGUGACCAACGUGCCCACCGUUGCUCGGAGCCUCUUCCUGAGCAACUCCAACCUGCCGACGAUUGUGCAGUUCCAUAAGCCAGAGAUGAGCAUCCUCUGCUACGAAAUCUGCUCCAUCGAGAAGGAGUCGAAGCUGCACCAGAUCUCCUAUGUGGAUGUGGGCAAGCACUUUCUCAAGUCCUGCGACAACUUCAUGUGCUUCGGCGACGACAAUAACCUGUACGUGGUAAACGACUUCGGCGAGCUCUUCCAGGUGGACAUUGCCUGCUUCUUGCUCAAGAGCCAGUGGAAGCCCGUCUAUCUGCGAGAGGAUCUUGAGCACACGGGGGCUCGUCCUCACGCCUUGAUCUCACAUCGCAUGGGUCUGCUCAUCUCGAAUAACACGCAUGCCUUCUACGUGAAGAAGAAGGCCGGAGGCUACUCGGCCGAGUGGCUGAUUGAUCAGCAGCGGUUGGGGGACAUUAAUAGGUUCUUGAGCAACUACAACGGAGAGAUCUAUGCCGAGGAGCGACUGGGCAGCAUCGCUCAGGUCGUGGUCGAGGGCAAUGUAGGCACGCUGGAGGACGUCGUCCCCACUGGCAAUCUCGUGAUCACAUUCCGAGUGCUUGCAGGGCUCAAGGAGGAGUGCGUGUGUGUCCUGCACAGCGACAAAGUGGCCAUGAUGGACCUGGCCAAAGGGAACACACUCUGCGAGGUGGCAGUAGCCAAUGCCAGCUCGAUGCAUUCGCACCGCAUUAUGGCCAUCGUCAUUGUGGGCACCGAUGAUGGACGUCUCUGCAUGAUCCACUUCGACAAGGCUUCGAGUGCGAGUGUCACGUACGAACUGGAGACCAAUACUAUGGGGGUGGCUGCCCUGGAUUUCCACGACGCUUGGCUGGUGUUUCAGGACCAGGUCAGGGGCCUGCACAUCGUCCAGCUGGAUUAUCGGCCCCCCAAAAUGACGCCCUACUUGGAUCUGAGCCAGCACCUCAAACAGGUGUUUGUCCACAGUUUCAUGCUGGUCGAAGGCCCCCGGCUUAUUGUGGGCAUCCAUCGCGAUGAGAACGUAAAGCUUCCCGGCUACGCGACCGAAUGGUGGAUCUUCAACUGGGGCAAGGACAAGCGUCUCCAUCGGCGGGAGUAUCCACUGCCCAAUCCGUACGUGUCGUUCUGUGUGCAGCCGCCAAUGGGUCGCUGGACGCAGAUCGAGAUUAUUGGGGUGGCCUUAGACUCGCCCAACUUUGAUCAGUUUCUACUCAACGAAAAGGACGAGAUACAGUGGCUCUCCUCCGUGCAGACGCCGCACUUUGGCUACAUACUGGGCAUCAUGAUGACCAAGAAUCUGCUCACCUGGAGCGUGGGCGGCAUUGUGAUCCAUUUCCGGCAGCACAAGCGGGCGCGAAAGCCCUUCAUGGUCUGCCGCUUCCUCAAUCUGGCAUUUGACCCAGAGAGUCUGCUGCGCGCACGGGAGUGCUUCAAUUCCAAAUACCUGAUUACCUUGAUGUCGAACCAGAAUCUUCGAGUGACGCGUCUGCCUUCGCUUUCGGACUUUGUGCGGGAGAAUGUAGAGCGGCCGCUGCCCAACGAUGACGUAAAUCUGCUGGAGCAGACCAACUACAAGGUGAACCAGUUCGUGCCCAUCACCCAGCGGAAGACGGAGACGAAGGAGGAGUACACCAAGGCGGACUUAUUCAAGCGCGAAAAGGUCUUCACGAUGAUCGGGGAGUUUUCCGCAAAGGUCACGGAGCUCAUAGAUUACGAUAUUUCGGUGACGGGCAAAACCAAGGGCAUCUUCAAGAAGUUCUGCUUCAACUACAAAUGGCUGGAUACGCUUACAGAGGAGGCCCACAAGCUGUGCGUCCUGGAACGGGAGUCGCUGGAGCGGGCCAUCGAGGAUCAGUCGCGCAUCCGAGACUGGAUCAUGCGGCUGGUGACCCGCGAGGCCGUCAGCAUCAACUACAAGGUACGCUCCAUCUUUGCGGACGCCAAUUUCGAGAGCUUUUCGAUGCGCCGCAAGCCGGACAUGGUGGAGUUCGACAAGUUUCGUUUCUACGACCUGGAAGAUCACAUCCGCAUGUCCAUGGGCUCCAUGGACGAUAUGGAGGAGUUUAUCCAGCAGCAGCGUAAGACCCCGGCUAUUAAGGCCCCUCGUGCGACCGAUACAGAACUGGAGGGGGAGGAAGAGGAGGUGACAGAGGAUCCCAAGGGGUUGCAAGAAUUGAAGCCUUUUGUGGUAGAGGGCCCCAGUGUCUACGAGCACAUUAUGGCCCCUGUUUUCCAGCUACAGGACAAGAAUGUUGUCACCUCGAAUCAGCUGUACAACGAGACCUGCAAAUUCCGGUACUAUCUGAACGAUCCGCUCAAGCAGGAGUUCAACAAACUCUUUCACGAGGCCCAGCAGCUCAAGCAGGACACCAUUGACAGCGUCCUAAACACCAACAAAGUGCUGUACAAGAUCUACGACAACAUGAACAUAAUGCUGCGUCUCCUGAACAUGGAUCAGUUCGAGCCUCCGGAUCUGUCGAUGCCUGAACUGGCCAAGGACGAGGUCAUCAAACGCAUCAUGGAGGUGGAUGACUCGGAGAUCAAGGCUAUCAAUCGGCGGAGGCGCAAGACCAUCGAUACGGGUGGCAAGAAGGGACGGCUGCUGCUCUGGUCGGUGGAGUUCUGGGCUCGUGCCCUGAUCGUGAUGAUGGACGGGGUGCUGGAAAAGCUGUGGGAGGAGGAGAUCAAGAAGGACAUACCCAUACCCGAGUUCAUGCUGAAGAAGCAGCCGCACGAGUACAGCCUCGAAGAUCAGAAGGUCUUUCGCGUCUACGAGGAGGCCGUGCGCCAGCUGGAGGAGGAUCGUCGCAAGUAUCUGCGCAUCCUCGCGGACAACGAAGCGAAGACCCUGGAUCUGAAGAGCAAGCACAUACUGAAGCUCAAUCAGCGGGUGGCCGAGCUGAUGAUCCUCAAGCUGAAGUACGACUUUGCCCUCAAACAGAGCCGAGUGCGUCUGCUCACCACCGAAGUAAUCAACUUCAAGCGCGUGCACAUCCGCAAGCGAAUUGGGAUGUUCCGCACCGACUUCGAUAAGCUCAACGACUACAUCAGUCGCUAUGGGGCUCUAUUGGACUUCUGGGAGAAGGGUCUGGCCGAUGCCAAGACCCGCCUGGAGGCCCAGCAGACCAGAGAUCGCGCCAUUGAGCGGUACUUCCGCAGCACGUUCCUCAACACGGUGCCCCACGCUCAGCACGAGAUGACGAAGCUCUUCAAGAAGCGGCCCAAGCUGCCGGCCAAGGUCUUCAAUUCGGUGCUCAUCUGCAUGGAGACCUCGCACAAACUCAGCGGCAAGCAGAGCCAACGCAUUGCCUUCCCCCUGCCCAAGGAGAUCCACGAGUUCCUGGCCUACAUUGCAGAGAUCGAUGCGCCCAAGAACUGUCCGCCCCAGGUGGAUGCCAAGAGCUGGGAGUCGUUCAUCAAGCUGCGACGCCAGAAGAUGGAGAGCGAAGUGCGUCUCAAAGCGGUCGGCUAUCAGCUGGCAGACGGUCAGAGCUAUCUCACGAGUAUAGCCAAAGAUUUGAUGGCCCUUAGGGACUCCAAGAAUGUGACCCAGAAGAGCUCUGAGGAGAGCGUCCAGACAUAUCUGGAAGUAAUGCGGAAUAUGUCUCUCCAAUUGACCCUCACUCUGGGGCAAGUGGAGGUAUCGGUGAUGGGUACUGCAGCGGCCCUAGCGAACACCGUGCUGAUGCAUGUCGAUGAUAUCAAUGAUGUGAAUCGUUUGAUAAAGGAUGCUGGCAACAAGAAAAUCAAGGCCAUGCAGCGUGUGGCCAUCUUCCGGCGCCAGGUGAUCUUCAAGGAGUGGGAGCACAAGCUAUACAAAGCCAAUAUAGCAUACCUCAAGUAUAUGCUCGAUGCCAUCGAGAAGUGCAAGGUGUCCAUGGAGUUCCUCAAUAUCCUGCGCAACUGGGAGAAGGUUAAGGCCGAGCGACAGAAGUACAUGGCCGCUGGGGCCAUUGAGCGUGUGAUUCAGCAAAAGAUAGCCGCCUUCAAAAAGCACAUCGAACGCAUCAAUCUCAAAAUCGACAUGGUAAAGGCCAAAACUCUGGAGGUUAAGCGCAGCAGUCAUACAAUCGAUUUCAAAAUCGAACGGAUCAAGGUGGACGUCACAUUCCAGAACACCCUACGCGACACCAUGAUGGAGGAGAAACGAGAUCGCGAGCAGCGCGAGCGAAUGUCUCAGAUUAAAACCCAUCGCCAGCUCAUGGAAAAUGUGCGCCGGCACUAUGCCCAUGUGCUGGAGCUGCAAACGAUACUGGAGCUGCUGCGCCUGCGCACCUAUCCGACCUUGGGCCCACCUUUGCCCCAGUGCCUUCCUCCCGUACCCGAGCACAUACUCAGCUCGGUGCCUCCAUAGACGCUCACAGUUCACAGAAGUUUUAACCCUUCGCCCUGCUGCUGGCAGAAAGUUUUCGCAGCACUUCCCAG